UACCUUCCUACUCUAACAGAUAGCGUGUAAUUGAUGCUCUCAUGGGGAAACCGGUCCUGCCAGUACAAGUACUACUCUUUUUUUUAUCUGCGUGUAUAGAAUAUUUUGCAGGUGGCAUUGAGUAUAUUUAAAGAAGACACAUAGAGCACAUGAUGCUGCAACUACAAUCCCCCUCUUCCUGUGCGAAAGAAAGCCGAGGCUGGAUAUAAAAGCUCUGUAUGAGCUGGAGAUAAUGCAGCAGAUCUAGACAACGUGUGGUCUUCUUCAGAAUGACCUCUCCUCAGUGGAUAGCCAUUAAACCCGUGAUGACACAUUGCUACGUUCUGUACAAAACCAGGCCCCGGAAAUCCGUAUGGUUUCACGUGUUCCUGUGUGCUUCUAGGUUUCAGCAUCAAACACCCAGUGGCUACUAACAAACUGCUUAGAUGUCUAGAGAGAACAGGCAGAAUCAUGUUGUCUUGUUCACCAACUCAUCCAUAUUAACCCGCAUGGUUUGGGCCCCUCCUAGAACUUCCAGUCCCCGUUCCAUCGCAUCAGCUUACAAACCUUACCGCGUCUGGACAAAGAUGUCUGUGGAGUGGCUGACUGACUGGAGCUGUUUGCUGAAUGGACUUCGUGACUUGAUUGCUGGUACCAUCCAAGCUGUUCGAGACUGCAACACUCUCGCACUAACCACCAUAAUCUGCCUCUUGCUGUUGUUUGUAUGGUACUGUUAUCGAGUUGGUAAGGAUCAGCCCCGUUCUCCCUUUGCCACUGUGAAUUUACUUAUCCAGAGUUCAGAAGCCAAAGGCUUGCAGAACGGGUUUGCUUACUGUAACUCACGUGAUUGUGUACGCUGUACCCAUAACAGUGGACUGAACUCAAGACUCUAUCACAAUCUACAGGAAUACGCCAAGAGGUACUCCUGGUCUGGCAUGGGCAGAAUCCAUAAGGGUAUUCGUGAGCAAAGUCGAUAUAUAAAUGACAGGCCAUCCAUACAAAAACCAGAGGUUUUCUUCCUUCCUGAUUUACCCUCAAUGCCCUAUUUUCCUCGGGAUAUCCAAAAGCAUGAUGUGGAAUUGCUAGAGCAAAACUUUGCCAUCAUCCUUAGUGAAUUUGAAAUAAUCUAUAAAGCAUUUUCAAACUGCAGUUUGCCCCAAGGCUGGAAAUUAAACAGUACCCCUACCGGGGAUUGGUUAACAUUUUAUCUAAUCAACCAAGGUAAUGCAAUUGACAAAAAUUGCAAGAAAUGCCCACGGACGUACCGUUUGCUUGGAAAUCUUCGCACCUUCAUUGGCAACAAUUUGUUUGGGAAUGCUUGUAUGUCUGUGCUAACUCCUGGCACUGUUAUCACAGAGCACUAUGGACCAACCAAUAUCAGGAUAAGAUGCCAUUUAGGUUUAAAAAUCCCAGGAAACUGUGAGCUGGUGGUUGGUGGAGAACCGCAAUGCUGGGCAGAAGGACACUGUCUAUUAUUUGAUGACUCUUUCCUGCAUACUGCUUAUCAUGAAGGAUCAGCAGACGAAGGACCUCGUGUGAUUUUCAUGGUUGACCUGUGGCACCCCAAUGUGGCAGCGGCUGAACGUCAAGCAUUGGAUUCCAUAUUUGCUCCUCGACGCUGAGCCACUCAUGCAACCAAACAUCAAUGCUCAUGGAAAUUUGCCUCAAAAGAAAAAUGAAGACGAAAAAAAACUUGUUUCAAAAGUCAUUCUCUGUAUAUGAACUACAUCUUAUGUUAUCUAUUUAACCAUUGGCUUUUCCAUAAGUUUACAUUGUAGAUUUGAUAUAAACAAGAUGUAUAUUCAACUUGCAAUUCUCUUACACUCCACCGAAGGGAGCACUUGAUGUGGAAGCUACAGACUUAUAGCACCAUAUUGACUAAACAGCACAAACCAAUCUUCAGCUUAAAGGCUUAUUAAUGAAAGGAAACAUCUAAGGGGAAAGUAUAUAGAAGAUUUCAGGGAAUGGCUGGGUUUCUACUGCAUUUCUAACUUUCGUUCUUCCGUUUACCAAGGAUUGUAUUCGCUCAUAUCGCAGCUAGUCUGAUAUUUCCCAUUCUUUACUAGAAUGCAGCCCUAUUAUAUAGUACGUGUCAUAUUGCUACUGUGUUUAUAAUACUCAGAAAAAAAUGAAUAGGAAGUGACAGAAAGCAAUGUAUUGACUUGAACAAUCCAAUGUCGUUGUUCUCAGGUUCACGUCAACAACUGUUCAACCAUUGGAUUACCUGUUCUGUUAUGUUUGGGGUGAUCACACUUUGGUUAAACAUGGCAGUCAUUGGAGAUGCUUCACUCAACUUAAUGACUAGAAAAAUUAACAAGGUGUUUACUAAGCAUUCUAUG